CUUUGCAGAGAAACUCAUUCCAGAGAGAGAUGGGGAAUCCCAGUUCAUCACAGCCUCAACCCAGAAUCCAACAUUUCAGCCAUGAACAUCCACUGCAGCUCUCAAACCACCAGCCACGGCAAACCCUAAACCUAGCUUCAUGUUCAUGCUGCAAGCUCCCAGUUUCCGCCGGAUCAUGGAUCUACAGCUGCCCCAAAUGCAGCUACUUCCUCCAUCUCAAUUGCUCCCAAACGCCUCUCAAAAUCAAGCACCCUUUCCACCCGAACCAUGACUUCUCUCUUCUUUGCUCUCCCACAUACCCCCAAGGCUUCUUCUACUGCGAUGCUUGCGGCAAGCGAGGCAAUGGCUUUUCCUACCACUGCAAAGCUUGCAGCCUUGACCUCCAUGUCCCGUGUGCUUCCAUGCCGUUGACAACCACUCAUCCAUGUCACCGCCACCAGCUCAACCUCAUCUUCUCUCCACGCCACUCUGCUCUGCCCUAUCGUUGUGAUAUUUGCAUGCAGUCAGGGUCCAAGCACUGGCUCUACCGCUGCGAUUUGUGUGACUUUGAUGCUCAUCUGGAUUGUGCAGCAACGAAACCAGCCGCUUCCGUUCACAAUCCAGUUCAUCAAACCCAGCAAUCUCAAGCACCACCAACCUUUAAUCCUGCGUUCCAGCUGGCUCCUGGGCCUCAGUUUCCAGCGAGACCGCCUUGGCAUCCUGGUGCUUUUGGAUCCAUGAAUAGCCAAAACUACCAAUUUAGCAACCCAGCGGUUCCCAGUUCUCCUAGUGUUCCCCACAAGCCAACGUGGGAGCAGCACUUUCACGCGAUAAUGGCGGAAAAUGCUCGCCGUGAUGCCGAACAAGCUCAACUUUUGCAGCAAAUGCAGGGUAAUGGCGGUAAUGGGAAUUAUUUGCAGUUAUUGCAGCAGAUGGCGGGUGGCGGAGGUGGCAGAAAUCCGGACUACACGCAGAUAUUGCAGCAGAUGGCGGGCGGCGGUGGUUCUUCUGAUUUCAGUUCUCUUUUGCAGGGCAGUGGUGGUUCUGUCGAUUUUAGUUCUCUCUUGCAGAACCUUGGCGGAAUUGGAAGUUUCCUAGGUUUUGGCUUCUGAAAGUGUGGAACACGAUCGAAGUCAGCGUCAACUCAAUCUUCACGACUUUGAGCCAAAGAUCUGACCAUAUCAACUGGGUCCAUCUCCAGCCGAUCAAGUGCACAGAACAACUUAAUA